GCUCACUCUAAUGAGCCCACAGCUCACGAAAUCGAAGAAUGUACAUCGCUGCGGAGAAGACGCCUGGCGUCAAUACGGCACUGAUUAUCAAUGCUGCUGUGUGCCAUCCUAGGAUGAAUGUGUGAGCAAACCUACGAAAAGACGCACAGGUCCGACCGCAUAAAUGGACCAUGCAUGCGUACCUCUCCUCAUCCUCUCGACUCCCCAUAGUUCACACACAAUGGCACAGCAGAAGGCUCUUCUCCUCAUGUCCAAGCAGGGCCCGUUUGCCGUUGGGACAGUACCCAUACCGAAGCCUGGCCCAGGAGAAAUCCUGGUCAGAGUUGAUGCCACGGGACUGAAUCCAGUCGAUUGGAAAAUCCAAACAUACGGAGUCUUUAUUGAGAAGUUUCCGGCUGUGCUGGGCCUUGACAUUGCGGGCACGGUGGAGGAGCUCGGCGAAGGUGUUACCGGCUUUGCCCAAGGCGACAGAGUCCUGUCUCAGGGAACGCUUGGGGACAACGAGCGUUCCGCAUUCCAGCAGUUCGCUCUGAUAAGUGCUGACCUUACCGCCAAAGUACCGAAGAACAUGUUGAUAGAGCAAUUAGCUACCAUCCCUCUCGGCUUGUCGACUGCUGCUAUCGGCUUGUUCCACUAUACCGCCAAAAGUGGAAGCGUUGGCUUGUAUCCUCCCUGGGAAGAGGGUGGCGAAGGCAGGUACGCCGGCAGACCCAUCAUCAUUAUGGGCGGCUCGAGCUCUGUCGGCCAGUUUGCCAUACAGCUAGCCAAGUUUGCCGGCUUCUCUCGUAUCAUGGCGACCUCUGCUGUCCAUCAUACGGACUGGCUUAGAACGCUCGGCGCGACUCACGUUGUCAACCGUCGCCUCGCCCCUGAGGUGGUGCGAGGGGAGAUGAAGCGGAUGAGCGCUGGACCGGUCGAGGUCAUUUUUGAUGCGGUCUCCGAGCCCGACACGCAAAACUUAGCAUACGAUAUGCUGGCACCUGGGGGCGUCCUGCUCAUCACGGGCAAUCCAGCGGUUGACGAGGCGAGACUGAGCCAGAGCAAUGGCAAGCGGAUCGAGCAAGUCUACGGCAACAUACACGUCCCCCAGAACCGGGAACUUGCGGUGAGCUUGUUUUCGAAGUUGACGCCACUCCUGGAAAAGCGCAUUAUCAGAUCGAACCGCUUCAAGGUCGUGCCAGGUGGUCUAGAGGGCAUUAUCGGCGGACUGGAAGAACUGAAGAAGGGGGUGAGCAACAUGAAACUAGUCGCACAUCCUCAGGAGGAAUCAUAAAAUCAGCAAUGCAUUCGGAGAAGAUCAUGCGUGUAUUUGGUUUCCGACUAUUAGUUAUACAUGUAGCGCGGGCUAUCC